UCGACCCUCGUCCUCGCCACAUUCUUUUUCCUUCUUUCAUUUCUAGGGUUAGGGUUUUUUGUAGCGUUUCGGGAGAACAGCAAUGGCGACGGCGACAAAAACACCCAUGAGAAAGCCCGUAUUUACGAAGGUGGACCAGCUAAAGCCCGGAACGACUGGCCACACGCUGACAGCGAAGGUGGUGAGCUCCAAGCCCGUGCUGCAGAAGGGCCGAGCAGCGUCCACACACACCCGCCCCACUCGCAUCACCGAAUGCGUUGUCGGUGACGAGACCGGCACCAUCGUUUUCACCGCUCGAAACGAGCAAGUUGACUUGAUGAAGCCAGAUACCACUGUGAUUUUGAGAAAUGCGAAGAUUGAUAUGUUUAAGGGGUCGAUGAGGCUCGCGGUCGACAAGUGGGGUCGAGUUGAAGUCACCGAACCUGCCAAGUUCGUGGUGAAAGAAGAUAACAAUUUGUCCCUUGUUGAGUAUGAAUUGGUGAGCGUCGUGGAUGAGGGACCAUGAUUUCUUUCAUGGGAUGAUGACUUAUAGAGAUGUGGAGGAAGAAGGCAUUGAACCUUUCGAAGCCUGCUUGAGUAAUUGCUGCUGAGUAAAACAGUUUCUAAAGAGUAAUUUGAGGCAGUAUACAAAAUCUCACUAUGGUUAUGAUUUUUUACUUUCUCUUUUUAAAUGUUCCCUCCAUGAACUUGGUAAUUUACAAUGACAGCAGCGGUAGUUUUUUAGGUGUAAAAAGGGAUCAGUGUUUGUUGAUUCUACCAUAUGAACAUAGAGAUGUCCAGCGAACUUAGAAAAGUAAAUGAACUAGUGUUUAUAAUAAGUGUGUGUCAAUUAGUUUUCAUGAA